AUGUGCAUACGGAGGCUUGCAGCAAAGCUCAAGGAGGAGCAGCGACGGAACCCACACCGCGCAGCCACUCUUGCCGCCAGCCACAGCGAGUAUGACAAGGUGGCAAAGACGAGGACGCGGCUGGCAGUGCGGGCGGAUAUGUACAUAGAAGCGACACACUUUCGUGGAGGUGUGCAUCUCAAGCAGGCCGGACAGGGCUCGGGUCAUGCCGAAUCAUCGCUGGUGGUGGCCGAGACGCUGGCAUCGUACGUGCCGCUGGCGACGGUCCGGCACUGCUUCACGAUGCAGGCUGGCGAGGUAUGGGCGCCGCGGGUCGAGUCAUUUGACGGCGCAGUGGUGUUCUGCGACAUUGCGGGCUUUACUCCGCUGACGGAAAAGUAUGCACGUGAGGGCCCGGACGGAGCCGAGAAGCUUGUCUCGUUCCUCAACCAGUACUUUGGACGGCUGAUCCGAAUGGUGCACGAGCACGGCGGCGACGUCAUUCUGUUUGCCGGCGACGCGCUCAUUGCCAUGUGGGGCUCAAAGCACAACUCGGAGCACAAGAUGGCGCUGCCGGAUGAGAUUCUGCGCGAGUGCGCGUUUGCGGCAGUCAAAUGCGCCGCGACGAUCGACGAGGCGGUCAACUCGGAUCCCAACUCGGACGAGCCGCGGCUGCACAUGGGCGUGGGCGCCGGCCAGCUGCACUUUUUGCAGGUCGGUGGCGUCGCUGACUCAUGGACAUACCUGCUGUGUGGCGAGCCGCUGGCGCAGAUUGCGCUCGGCGGCUCGCUCUCCUCGCACGGCACCGUCGUCUCACCGCAAGUCUGGUCGCUCGUCGACGCCAUGUUUGACGGCGGCCCGGUCCACAUCAAGGCCGCUGCCGCGUCACUUGCUGACCAGGCCGACGGCUUUGUACAGAUCCUCGGCGCCAAGCCUGCCUUUGAAGACGCGCCGGUCAUGACGCAGGCCGUGGUCAAGACGGCCUUUGAGGCACGGGUCACCGGCUCACUCCGCAUGUUUAUUCCCAAGGUCAUUCAGAAGAACACCAAGCCCGGCGAGCUGACCCAGAAUGUCAAGCUGACCAACGCGGCGUCGCUCGAGCGGGCGCACCAGGUCGUCCGCACCAUCCAGACCGCCUUUUACAGGUACGGUGGUGUGAUCAACAAAAUCCUACUUGACGACAAGGGCUUCAUCAUCCUCGCCGGCUUUGGCCUCCCGCCGUUUGCGCACGAGGACGAUCCCGAGCGGGCGGUUCUCGCCGCGCUCGAGUCACAGGAGCAACUCGCGUUGAUCCAGGUUGUCUCGGCCAUCGGCAUCACCACCGGCACUGCCUUUUGCGGAAUCGUCGGCUCCAAGGAGCGGCGCGAGUACACCGUCAUUGGCGAUGCCUUUGAGCGCAUCGGCCGCAAAAAAUUCAAGGGCAAGGCCAACGAGAUCGAGGUCUGGGCGCCCGCUGCCAUUGCUGAGCGCAAGGCGCUCAAGUCGCUCGUCGACAUGGAGCGCCGCAACGUGCCGCUUGUCGGCCGAAACCGCGAAAUGCUGCUUGUUGCUCGCGCUCUCCGCGCCCGCACCGGCGCCGUCAACCACAAUACGGGCCUCCGCGUGGUGUGCGUUGAGGGUGAGGCCGGCGAGGGCAAAACGCGCCUGCUGGAAGAGGCCCAGCGGUACGCCGUUGCCCUCGGCUACUCGGUCGUCCAGGGUUGCGGCUCGGAAAUCUCCAAGAGCAUCCAGUACUCGUCGUUUGCCGGCGUGCUCUCGGACGUGCUCGCUGGCGCUCGGAGCUCGGACUCUCUCCUCCCCAUCAACAACGACGCCGAGUCGGACGCCCUGCACGCCGCCGGGCCGCCGGCCGCGCGCCGAGGGCCCGCCCAGCAGGCCAACUUGGUGUACAAGAUCUACGAGGACACGGGCCUCUCGGCCAGCCUUGACAACAUCGACCCCAUUUACCUCCUUGCCGGCGUUCUGCCAGGCCUCAAGCUCCACGCUCGCAUCCCAGUCGAUGGGCCGGGUGCUCCGUCGCUCGGCGGGCGAGCCAAGCUCGACGCCACCGGCAAGCUCUGCAUGGCGAUUCUCGAGUGGCAGUCGCGGAGCGCGCCGACGCUGCUGCUCAUGGACGACAUCAACCACCUCGACUCGUCGUCGCGCAAUCUGCUCGUCGCCGCAGUCAACGCUGAGCUGCCAGGCCUUAUGGUCAUGACUGGCGCCCGGCCGUUUGGCCACGUCCCGCGCUUUUACGCCGAGCUCCGCGGAGAUGCGCGGAGCCAGCGGUCGAUGACCGUCUCGCUCGACUCACUUCCUCCUUGCGCCAUCCGGCAAAUCGCCGCCGCCCGCCUCAAGGUCAAGGAGCUGCCGUCAGUUGUCGAGGAGACUGUGGUCUCCAAGACCGGCGGCAACCCGUUUUUUGCUGAGCAAAUGGUCCACGCCAUGAAGGACCGCAAGCUUGUCCACAUCGAGUCGGGCUACUGCGUCGUCCCGUCGGGCGUCUCCUCGCAGGACAUUCGCUCCAUGCCGGUUCCCGGUCCGCUGCAGGCGUACAUUGUGUCGCGCAUGGACCGGCUCGCGCCCUCGGUUGCCAAGGUCUCUAAGGUUGCAGCCUGCAUCGGCAUGACCUUUUCGGCCUCGAUCCUCAUGCAAGUCCACCCGUCGCGGACCGGGCCGUCCGCCGCCCCGUCGGCGUCGGGCACGCCCGCGCUUUGGCCCACCGUCGAGGCUGAGCUCCAGGCCCUCAUCGCUGUCGGCUUUAUCGAACUCGCUGCCGCGCAGCCGCACGAAGCGCUCGACGGCUCGGGAACACUCUCGAACUCGGGCUCGCUCCCGUCGGCGAGCUCGGGCGGGACCAAUCUCUCGGGUUCGUCCAGCGACAUGUUUGCCCACCUUCAGGCGGUGCGAUCCGACUCGGCGGCCCUCACGCCGAGCUCGGUCUUCCGCUUCUGCAACAAGGUCAUUCAUGACGUUGUCUACGACCUUCUGCCCUACCGCGAGCGCGCACUCCUCCACGCCGAAAUCGCGCUCUGCCUCGAGGCGCUCUCUGGCGCACUCGCCACCGACAUGGAGGCGCUCUUCCGCCACUACUGCUCGUCGAACAUGCCGGCAAAGGCCAUCAAGUACGCCGAGAUCCUCGCCACCCGCGCCAUGAAGAACUUUGACUACGACGCGGCCUACGCCAUCCGUGACAAACUCCUCUCGCUGGACCUCACCCGCGUCCCGCUUGUCCACGUCCUCGCUACCCGGCGCAAGCUCGCCGAGACUGCCAUUCUCCUCGGCAACGAGGUCGGUGCCGUCCGCCUCCUUCUCGAGGCCCUGUUCAUGGCCCGCGAGGCACUGCCUGCCUUUUCGCCGCCUGAAGUUGAGGCGCUCCUUGCCGACGAGAAUGAUCCGGCCGCCAACGCCGCCCCGCGCGACGUCAUCUACCCGGUCCUGCUCUGGCACUGCCUCGACGCCGAGCGCGAGGCCCGCGCCGCGCCUGAGGCCAAUAAGGCCGAAAAGGCCGCCGACGCGCCCGUCGCCGCUGCGGCCUCAGCCAUCCGCCGUACCCGCCGCGCCUCGCUCUCGCAACGCAUCUCCGACAUUGCCUCGCGCGCCGCCUCGCCGCGCAAGCAGUCGCCUCUUGCCUCGUCGACCCGCACCCCCCACGCUGUCGCCGAGCUGGACGCUGCCGCCAUCGCCGCCGCCGCCGUCGCUGCAGGCCCGCUCCCGGCGGCGCACCCGUCGCCGCUCCCGCCUCCGCCCGCGGACGAACUUCCGCCACCACCGCCGGACCUCGUCGCCGCCCUUGCAGCGUCGGCAAUGCCCAAGCCGCCGCCGCCCAUCCCGGGCUCGCCGGCGUCGGACGCGCCGCGGUCGGCCAUUCCUCCCAACUUUGUCCCCAGCGAGCGGCGGAACUCGACGCCGCCGUCGAUCUUUGGCGCCCCGUCGCGUAUCACAGGCCCGCCGCCGCCACUCCCCGACGACGACUUUGACAUCGACAUCCUGCCCAUGCCGCCCGCCGGACUGCACUCGUCGUCGGCCGGCUCGUCGCCUGCCGCCUCGCCCGGUCGCCCGCCGCCGAUCCCGCGCAAGAUCUCGCUGCCACCGCCCAACAAGCCGCCGCGCCGGCGCGACUCGCUCCCGCCCAAGCCGUCACCGGCCGUCUUUGCCCCGCCGCCGCCGCUCCCAUAGAAUCAGCGCAGCGCAUCCCUCUCCCCCCCCCUCCCCGCCUGCCCUU